GAUGUAUAAAUAAGUGCAGCUCGCGCAGCUUGGGUGGCAGUCUGAACCAUUACUGCUGCAUUUUCAUUAAUACAACGUAGUUACACUACAACUCCACAGGACACAAAUCACCAAUUUCAACCUCAUCAGUCUAAGAUAUCGCUCGAGUGUAAAGCCAAGAUGCGCGUCACGACAUUCAUCCAGACUUUGUUCCUUGCUACGGCUGUCGUUGCCGGUAUCAUGCCCGGAAGGUCCGAAACUGCCCUCAAGCUAUUCGAGGCAAGGUCGUGUUCAUCAUGUGGUGACACUAGCAACUGUUGCGGCUGCUGCCAGGAAGGUGUCUGCUGUACUGAAGCCUUUUGUGGGUGCCCUGGAUUAAAGAGGAAACGCUACGAGUGGUAUUAGAAAUAGUGAGCGGAUUUUUUGUACAUUUAGUGUGUCUACCGUGAUAGGGCUUGGGGACUAUAAAUUUAUCGGUGCACC